AUGAGAAAACAAAAUAAUUCUAUGGGUUAUGAAUUGCCGUAUAAAACAAUCGAUAUCGUCGAUUUAAGUGACAGCAGGAUUUACGCUUUAUUGUGUACUUAUCAAGUAAUAUUCAUACCAUGUGUCAUAUUAGGUUACGUAGGAUUCGAUUGCAUGUUCGUCAAUUUGUCUGUUCAAGUAAUUGCACAGUUCGCCAUAUUGUCGUACAAGGUGAAGACAUUAUUAAAUAAUUCUAAAAAUUAUCAUGAGGGUAUGAAGAACAUUGUACUACGACAUUAUCGAUUGAUAAGAUUGUCGGAAAAAUUGGAAGAUAUCUUUAAUUUUCCAAUUAUGCAGCUACUGUUGGGAUCCACCAUUCAUAUCUGUGUUUCUGGUUACUACUUACUGAUGGGUCCAGAAAUGACGGAUAUUUUAACGUCUCUCUUAUUCGUUUUCUACAUGUUUUCCGUGACAGGGACACUUUUUGUUUAUUGUUUCAUCGGCGAAUGUUUCAUUCAGGAAAGUACAAAGUUUGGUAACGCCAUUUAUAAUUACGAAUGGUACAACUUGCCGGCAAUGGACGCAAAAUUUUUUCUCAUUUGUAUGAUAAGAACAAAGAAGCCACAAUAUUUAACAUCUGGAAAAUUUGCCGUUUUAUCCUUGACCGUUUUCACAGACAUCAUCAAAACUUCGAUGGGAUAUUUGUCGGUAUUACGAACAUUUGCGUGA